AUUAUUCACGUGCUAAAUUCACUAGCAAUUAACAAUUAAAAAUACUAAAAAAAAAUGAAUGACAAUUAAUAAAAAUAAUAAUUAAAUAAUUAAAAUGUAAUUUACUUAAAAAUUUUUCAAGAAUAAGUUCAAAAAAGUGAUGUUUAAAUUCAAUCGUUUAAAAUCGUCGCCAUAACCUACUUUGAUAACAAAAAUAAAUAUUCCAUUGUUAGUUAAUUUAAAAAAUUUAUCAUGUUAUUUACACUAGAGAGGACAAUUUUACGGAUAAAACCACGUGUUUUUCGUUUUUAUUCAGUGAAUGCUAAUAAUGCCAGCAAUGACAUGUCAAAUAAUUCGUACGAGAAUUAUAUUAUAGAUGAAUCAUGGGAACCUAAAGCAAUUCGUAGUGAUGAUGCUAAAACUCUGCGAGUAUCAAUCCUCGGUCUACCCAAUGUUGGAAAAAGUACAUUAAUUAAUCAACUUGUUGGUCGACCAAUAUGCGCGGCAUCUUCAAAAAUUCAAACAACGAGAAAAAAUUCCGAUGCAAUCUAUAUGGAAAAUAAUACACAACUUAUAUUUGUUGAUACUCCGGGGUUGGUAACGAAUCGUGAUAUGAAGAAAUAUGACUUAGAAAAAACAUUUAAAACAGAUGUCGACAAAGCCGUAGCAAAGUCUGACAUUGUCGGUGUCGUACAAGAUGCUUCACAUAAAUUUAAAGCUGACGUUAUUGAUGAACGUAUCAUGGUGGUAUUGAAAAAUCUUCGAGUUGGAAUUCCGACUCUAUUAAUACUCAAUAAAGUUGAUAAGGUCAAGAAAAAACGAAAAUUAUUAGAGUUAGUCGAGACACUGACCAGCGAUCAGAACUGGCCGAAUUUUUCUGACAUUUUUAUGGUAUCAGCAUUGAACUCUGAUGGAGUAAAUGAUUUACGAACUUAUUUACUGGACUCAGCAAAACCCCGGGAUUGGGAUUAUGAGUCGACCGCUAUUUCAAAUGAUUCACCUGAAAUAAUAAUUGAACGUGCAGUUCGUGCUAAAUUCAUGGAUGCUUUGCCCAAGGAAUUACCAUACGCUAUAUCAGUUCAAUUGGAACACUAUUCCGUUUUGGAAGACGACAGUAUCAGCGCAGCUGUUGCUAUAACAUGUCCGUCAGAUCGAAUUUCAAAGUUAGUUAUGGGUAAAAGAGGCGUUCGCGUACGUAAUGUUGCUACUUCAGUUGAACAGGAAUUAUGUCAAACUUUCAGGACAACUGUCAGAUUAAAAAUAGCCAUUAAAUUUUCCCAGAGUAAAGAGGAAUCGAAAGUUGCUAAUUAUAAGAGCAAAAAAUGGAUUUUUUAAUUUUUUAAAAUAUGACACUCAAGUUAGCCGACGUCUAAUAAAUAAUGGAUUUUUUUAAAAACGAUAAAUUAUAAAAAAAAAUAUUUUUAAAAAAUGCACUUGAAGUUUUUUAAAUUUUCUACAUGUGCAUUAUUUUAGUUUAUUUUUUUUGUAGGAAAAAAAAAUCCGAAAAUUAUUAAAUGUCUUCUAGCUU